AUGGGUAUAAGCCCUACGAAAACUGAAUUAGAUGAAGCUGUAGAACAAAUUGUUGCCAUGGAAGAGUCUGCCGAUGAGCAGCACGACCUGGAAGACGGCGAAAAGAGGGACAAGAUGGAAGGAGACAGGCUGAAAGCAGAAGGGAUGCGCAGAACUGCUAUGGAGACAUUAGCGAAAACACAGAAGAGAAAGUUCGAGGAGGGGCAGAGCAAAGCGAAAAAAAGCAGAAGAAGUGGUAGCGAAACGUUAGAGUUUCUUAAACUAAAGGCGGAGCAAGACAUGGAUAUUAAGAAGCAAGAAUUGGAUUUGAGAAAACAGGAGCAAGAGAAGAUGGCUAUAGCCCAAAAUCAGCAAACUUAUAUGUUCAACCAAAUGUUAAAACAACAACAGGAACAGCAUAAACAAAUGUAUGACAUGCAAUCCUUACUAAUGCAGCAGCAGCAGCUGCAAACCACAGCAAUGAUGAAGAUUAUUGAAACACUAGUUCCGAAAUAA